AUUCCUGCACUGCGUGAGCGAGCAUAUGAAAGAACUGAAGCCCUUCGGCGAUGUGCCUGAUAAACUGGCUUUGCAGAUAAAGCGUUCUUUUGUGGCGACGCGCACCUACUGGCAAGCGCUGCACACAGCAGCUGAAGUGUCAAAGAAGUUAAUAAAUGUGCACCUCAAUGCCGAUUGCACGGCUGCGCUCACGAAAAUGCAACACUGUGGCGCCUGUAAGGGCUAUGCGCAGAAACCCUGCACAAAUUAUUGUGUUAAUGUGAUCAAAGGUUGUCUACAUUAUGUCAACGAAUUCGACUCGGAGUGGGAGAACUUUGCGGUAGCCAUGGACAAAGUGGCCGAACGUUUGCUGGGCUCAUUCAAUAUUGUGAUGGUCGUUGAGCCGAUUAAUAUCAAAAUUUCCGAGGCGAUUAUGAACUUUCAAGAGUCCGGCCAAUCCAUCACCUCGCGUGUUUUCGAGGGCUGCGGUCGUCCAACGCUGGGUCGCACGCGUCGCUCAAUCAAUCCUAAGUUCACACAACGCACAUCCGCUCCACUUGCACGGCAACGGCUUUCUUCUGUGAGCCUAAGCAGUUCAGAUUCGAAAGUGAUACGUAAGCGCGCCACCUUGGAGGUACCAACAGAACAAAUCGAAUCCGAUAUUUUAGAUAUCGAUGCCGACGUUGAUGAUGCAAUUGUGUUGCGGGAACGGCGCGCCGCUGANGACUUCAAUGGGCGCGAUCCGAAUCUCGAUAAGCUGGUGCGCGAGAUUAGACAACGCGUGAAAGAAUCAAAGAAAUUCUGGUCGAAUUUGCCGCAUCAGAUUUGCAGCAAUGACGAGAUCUCUACAUCGUCGGACGUGGAUGGCAUGUGCUGGAAUGGAAACACAAUCGACAGGUACAUGCACCCCGUAACCACCGAACAGACCCGCAAUCCUGAAUUCCCUGGCAAUCCGGCGUCAACACGUCAGAUCUCGCAAGUUGCGACACAACUCUUCUACCUGAAGAAUGUCAUUAAUCAUCUGCGUAAUGCCUACAACGGACAAGAUGUGGAAUGGAGUGAUCAUGAAGAUGCUAUCGAUGGCAGCGGUGCUGGUUCAGGUGCUGGCAGCGACGAUGAGGAUGACGACGAGGGAUCUGGCCUAAGCGGUGGUCCGUUUACACCCCCCCACCUUAAACCUACCGAUCGUCCGUCGGUGCCAGCGAACAACAUCGAUGACGAGGAUGGAGAUGACGUAGAAGAGCGUCGCAUUACGGACACUUCACACACAACGCGCCCCAAAUACCCUGGUAGUACGAGUGGUGGUGCCGCCGCAGGCGGUGAUACGAACUCCAUUGAGGAAGAAGAGGAAGAUGAUGACGACGACGACGAUGAUUUGGAUGCGGACAAGGACAGUGGGAGUGCGGGCGCGAAGACGGCGCCUAAGAUGACAUUGCGCCGUGCGCUGCUGAUGUAUCUACUGCCGCUGUAUAUGGCGUGGUUUGGUGGCUGUGUUGCCGAUAUGCUGUGAUUCGUUGUUGUUGCUGUUGCUUGAGGCAAAUAAAGGACCCUGACUGGUUUAGAGGCGUAGGGGAUGUGCCGAAUUUUUUGAAUUCUAAAAAUUGUUUAGGUAGUGAUUAAGCGGUAGCCGGUUUUGUAUGGCUGAUGAGGUUAUUGAUGAUAAGUAGGAAAGUGCAUGGCAUGCAUUUCGUUGCAUAAUUUUAGGCGCAUAUGCUCUUUGCAGUUAGAGCGAUUUAAAUGCCCAGUGGCAUUGAGUGUGUGGCAAGUUUUUGGCAAUGUAAUGAGUUUUAACUAUCCUUUUAGGCGCUUCUUGAGAAUAUGUACGUUUUAUGCGUUGCGAAUAAACUACUUUUACUAAAAAUGUUCACUACUUUUAGGCGCAGCCAAUUUUCUAGUUUCCUAAGUUUGCCAAUUUAACUGCAUGCCUUUUUGAAACUACUUUCUAUUCCUCAAGACUUGCUUGAUUUACUACAUACGCUUAACUCGUUUUUACAGGUUGAAUUUCAAAACUUGAAUGUUUAUGAAAAUUUUCUCUUUAGAGAUAUGUACGUAAAAUUUCUUUGUAGCAUACUUUUAGUGCUUCAACCAACUCAAAUCUCGAACAAAUACCCAGUAACGAAAUAUGCUGAAUAAAAAUCUACUUUUAGGCGCAUUUCUAUGAAAAUAUUUUUUACUAAUUUAUGCACAACAAAACAAUUGCAAGAACAAACAUAGAUUUAUCAUUACAAGCGAAUAAUUUAAAAAAUGAACUUUAAGCGAAACAAAUCAUUUAUAUACGUAAACAAUGUAGCAGUUAUAAAAAAUUAGUUAGCUAUUAAGCACAAAGUAAUACAUAAUUAAAACAAAAUUAAUACUUACAUAGGUACAUAUGUAUGUACCAGCAGUUAAUAUUAUAAAAUUAUAACAAAAACGACAAACAAAUGUGUAUGUAAAGCCGCGUGUAUAACUUAUAUCAAUGUAUGUUUGGAUGUGUAGAACAAGUGUUUGUAAUUGAAAGAGUGUUGCUAACCGUGAGUCUGAACUACCGUGCGUGUGUGUGUUUCGAACUUUUUUUUUGUAACUCUU